AUGUCAUAUACAAGAUCAUCAAUACCAAUAUGGCAAAAUGAUAAUGAAGUAUCUCAAUGUUUUAUAUGUUCCACCAAGUACAAUUUUCUAAAUAGAAGACAUCAUUGUAGAAAAUGUGGGAAAGUAGUCUGUGGAGAUUGUUCAUCUAAUAAUAUUCAUUAUCUUGAUAAUACUCCAAUUAUAAUUAAUCCUGAUUCUCAAUUUUAUAAUUUACAAAGAGUUCAAUAUUCUAAAUCUAAUGAAACUUAUAGGACUUGUGAUGAAUGUGUUAAAGAAAUAAACAUUAUUAGAAGAGUAUUAUAUGAUGAUCCAAAUCCUGGAUUACAUCAUCAUCAUCAAGAAAAUGAUCAAAUUAAACAUAAUCAUACAAGAGAACAAACUAGACAACUACCCUGUUCAUCGUCUACAACUUCAUUAAGUAGAAGACAACAUAAUACAACCACAACAUCCCAAGACAAUUCAAGUGAUAUAAACCUAUGUCCAGUUUGUUCAAAUAAUUUAUUAAAAUUAUAUAUAGAAAAUCAACAAAAUAUAAAUCAAAUAACAAAUGAAGAAUUUGAAAAAUUUAAAGAAUUACAUAUAAAUGAUUGUUUAGUAUCUUUCAAUUUCAAUACAGAUAAUUCAACAAGAUUUUCACCAGAUUCAAACCCCAAAAAUAAAAUGUUAGUAUAUAAUAUUCCACCAAUACCUAAACCAACAUAUGAAACUAUUGAUUCUGUUGAUGAAUCUCCACAACCUACUACACAAGAAAAAUUUGAUGAAUGUGUUAUAUGUCUAGAAGAUUUAAAACCUGGUGAUAAAGUUGGUAGAUUAGAAUGUCUUUGUAUGUUUCAUUAUAAAUGUAUUAAAGAUUGGUUUAAUAAAAAGGGUUAUGGUGAGUGUCCUGUUCAUUUUUUACAUAAAUAG